UAUUCCUCCAACCAACAGCAACAACACAACACAAUAAACAAACCAAAACCCUUCAACAGAUCACAACUAAAACGACGACCCAACCACACCAAAACGCACCGCACCGAUGAAGAAGCAGAAGACGCGAAACCACGAAGACGACGACAACGCCAACAACAACAACAACUCGUUCCAGGCUCUCACGGAGGAGCUCCUAUUCGCGAUCCUCGACUUCCUCGAAACGGCGCCGUCGGCCAAGAAGUCGUUCUCGCUCGCGUGCAAGUGGUUCUACGCGGUGGAGGCGCGGCACCGGCGGGUGUUGCGGCCGCUGCGGGCAGAGCACCUGCCGGCGCUGGCAGCGCGGUACCGGAGCGUGAGCGAGGUGGAUCUGUCGCUGUGCCCGCGCGUGGGCGACGGGGCGCUGGCGGUGGUGGCGGGGGCGUACGCGGCGACGCUGCAGCGGCUGGACCUGUCGCGCUCGCGGCGGUUCACGGGGAGCGGGCUGCUGAGCGUGGGCGCGGGGUGCGGCGGCCUGGUGGAGCUGGACCUGUCGAACGCGACGGAGCUGAGGGACGCCGGUGCGGCGGCGGUGGCGCAGGCGAGGAACCUGCGGAAGCUGUGGCUGGCGAGGUGUAGGUUGGUGACGGACAUGGGGAUUGGGUGCAUCGCGGUGGGGUGCAGGAAGCUGAGGCUCAUUUGCUUGAAGUGGUGUGUGGGGAUUGGGGAUUUGGGUGUUGAUUUGGUUGCCAUCAAGUGUAAGGAGCUUUCUUCAUUGGAUCUCUCUUAUGUGCCUAUUACAGAGAAAUGUCUACCGUCAAUCUUCAAAUUGCAACAUCUGGAAGAUUUGGUCCUCGAAGGGUGCUUUGGCAUUGAUGACGACGGCCUUGAUGUCAAUCUCCUAAAACAAGGGUGCAAGACAUUGAAGAAACUUGAUAUCUCAGGUUGUCAAAACAUAAGUCAUAACGGACUACCAAAGCUAACAAGUAUUUCUGGGGGUUUAGAGAAACUCAUUUUAGCAGAUGGUUCUCCUGUCACCCUUGCUCUUGCUGAUGGUUUGAAUAAACUCUCCAUGUUGCAAUCAAUUGUAUUAGAUGGCUGCCCUGUUACUUCUGAAGGAUUAAGGGCUGUUGGAAAUUUGCGCAUUUCACUUAGGGAGCUGAGUCUAAGCAAAUGUUUGGGAGUGACAGAUGAAGCUCUCUCAUUCCUUGUGUCAAAACACAAAGAUUUAAGGAAGCUUGACAUCACAUGCUGUCGCAAGAUAACUGAUGGUUCCAUUGCAAGCAUUGCAAAUUCAUGCACAGGUCUCACUUCUCUCAAAAUGGAGUCAUGCACACUAGUUCCACAGGAAGCAUUUGUCUUGAUUGGGCAGAAAUGCCCUUAUCUCGAGGAGCUUGACCUAACAGAUAAUGAAAUUGAUGAUGAAGGUCUUAUGUCCAUUUCUUCUUGUUCUAGUCUCUCCAGCUUGAAAAUAGGAAUCUGCCUGAACAUAACUGACAGAGGACUUGCCUAUGUUGGCAUGCGUUGCUCAAAACUAAGGGAGCUGGAUUUAUAUAGGUCUACAGGAGUAACUGAUUUGGGCAUUUCAGCAAUUGCUCAAGGCUGCUCUGACCUUCAAAUCAUAAAUACAUCCUAUUGUACUAGCAUCACGGACAGGGCGCUAAUCUCCUUAUCAAAAUGUUCAAAUUUGACGACACUUGAAAUUCGUGGAUGUCUUCUCGCUACAUCUAUAGGUCUGGCAGCUAUUGCAAUGAAUUGCAGGCAACUAAGCCGUCUUGACAUAAAAAAGUGUUACAACAUUGACGACAGUGGCAUGAUUCCACUAGCUCAUUUCUCCCAAAAUCUAAGACAGAUAAAUUUGUCAUAUAGCUCAGUUACAGAUGUGGGGCUUCUGUCACUCGCUAGUAUCAGUUGCCUUCAAAGCUUCACUGUUCUUCACGUGCAAGGCCUGGUUCCAGGAGGACUGGCUGCAGCCUUAUUAGCAUGUGGAGGGCUUACAAAAGUGAAGCUUCAUAUUUCACUAAGAUCCCUGUUACCUGAGCUACUUAUCAGACAUGUAGAAGCACGUGGCUGUUUGUUUGAAUGGAGAGAUAAAGAGUUUCAGGCUGAAUUGGACCCGAAGUGUUGGAAAUUACAGUUAGAAGAUGUGAUGCAAUAGGAUUUUCUGAGGUUGUUUGAAGUUUGAUAGAGUUAAAGACGUCUCACAUGGCACGUGAAAUACAAAGUUUUAGAAUAAGUUGGAAUCCAUCCACUUUUCUCUAUUACACUACUAGAAAUGAAGAAAGUAGUGUGAAAAAUGUCAGAAGUCUUGUCUGAAUAGAAAGAAUUUUGGACACAACUCUAAUUACGUUGACCAUGAUAGAAUGUUGAAGCGAGGGCAAUGGCUUGUGCGUGUGAAAAGUGGGGAAUCAAGUGUAUAAAAAGUAAAAUCUUUUGCUUAACCUUUUUUUUUUUUUUUCCUGCAAAAGGCAGGAUUAGUCAAAUGUAUAACAACCUACCUAACGUCUUUCAUUUAUUUAUUUAUUUUGGGAGAGGAGUGGAAUUGGAAAUGUUCAGACUUCAGAGGAUGGAAAAGCAGAGCCAUCCAAUGUAUGAGAACAUAGUAACUUCUGUUCAAGUUUUUCUUAUCUUCAUGCAGUUGUGUGAACUAAUGGAAAUUUAAUGAAUAAAACUUGGUAACUUUAAUUUUUUUUUUCUAA